AUGCCGGUCCCAGCGUCUGAAACUCCUGCUCAAGCAGGCAAUCCCACUUCGCCAAACGGAAAGCAGCUCGCAACACCCAAGCCCUCUCCCGCCGUGAAGUCAUCUCCUCUUGGUAAACAGGCUACCGUAUCCAAAGGUACACAGCCAAAGGUUACAUCCCCGCCGUCCAAGACCACUGCAGUCCCGCCGACUGCUACUUCAUCACCUAUUGAAGGUACCAAGAAAGUCCGGCGCAAAGGCAGCAAGCCAAUUAUCAAUGGUUCCAGCGCAAACUUGCCGGACGCAAACCAGCACAUCCGCCUGUUCCCGGUUACGAGCGCGGACGGGAUCCCAGUCCCCGGCACGAAAAGGCGAAGUGGCGUCACUGUGGGCGAUGUCGAUGGCGAACUUGAAGCCAGUUUGAGGGACGCAACCAGCAUCCGGUCGCGUUCUCUCUCUCCUUCUCUCGGUCCCGAGUCAAUAUGGGCGCCAUCUAUGCAGUACGAAGCUGACGACGAUGCGUCAAUUCGUCCCCUACCUCCGACAUCCCCCCCUUCACCUACGCCUUCCAACACCACUCAUCUUACCCAGACUACACAUUCUGGAUAUAUAUCGGACCCGCGUACCGUGGGUUCUCCUUCGGUUUCAACCAAACCCACCACUCUUCUCUCAGUUGACAUUGGAGGAGGUGGACAAAUGGCACAUAUUGCUCAGGCUCAUACGCCGAUUCCUACCGUGGUCGCACCAUCUCCGACCUCUGCGCAGUUUGCACGCUUCCCUUCCACCCGGUCAGCUCACCAUCAACCGACCUCCUCGGCAGCUUCUGUGACGUUUUCAAACGCAGCUUAUCCGUCCUCUCCUCUGUCGACUGCGCCUUAUUUCCUUUCUGGCGAUAGUGCAGGAGAUGAAGACAUAACGGCCCAAGUACCUACCCACAGUCAUCCUCAUCCACGAAAUAACCCCCGCCCAUCUUCGCCGCCUCUCGACAAUGCCAGUAUAUUGACACUUGCAUCGUCUAAUUUCAACGUUUCGCGCCCAGUAGAGGCUGAUGCUGUUAGCGUCAGCGUGCGGGCCAUCCGCAGGCGUGGCAGUUGGGAAAGCGGAGAAAGCCGAUGGAGCGCUGUGGUUGGAACUCGACGCCCGGCUAGUUUCCGCACCGGUGGGAGCUGGCGCACGGGCGGAAGUAUUGGCGGCGGCAUUGUUCUCGAUCCAGAUCACAUUGAACGCGAAAAUUCUGAAUCCGAAUCUGAAUCCGAGUCGGACUCGGAGGACAGGUCGACAACUGGUAUUGGCGAUAACCGCCGCGACAGCGAGCCGAAGCCCGAACAAGUCCCUCUUCCUGAGUCGCCCCUCAAGGCACAUGUCAGCCCCAUCACUCCGUUGUCCAUCUUGACAGACUUGCCUGUCACAGCUGGGAAAGGGGGCGGGCUUGCAUCAGACGAUGCUCUUUCGACUGCUAUUCCGGGUAGAGCCUCCAUCGACGGUGGCGAUGAAACCGAGAAGGAAAGCAACUCCGGGCAUGGUGAUACCGAAGGAAAGAAAAAGGUGGACGUUAUUAGUGCUGCACUCGAUUCUUUGCCCGAGUAA